AUGGCAUGUCUCAAGCAAUUCAACUUAUGGUUCUAUUCGGUGUUGUCUUUUGAGUGUUUUAUUUGGUUCAAGCAGGGAGGAUCUACAACACUGAAAUUAUUUCAAUACUUUCUUGUUACCUAUGAGAAGGAUACUGAUCCACAUGUCACCGUUGAUACUGAUAUUCUCGGUGAAGCCGACGGGACCUUUGUAAAUCAUGCCCAUUCUCUCAUGUUGACAUUGAAUGUAUAUUGGUUUAAGCUGUUUGAAGGACGGACUUAUACAGGCGGUGCUUUGUACUUACUUAUCAGCAAUUUCCCCAAGGAAGACCAAAUGAGACCAGAAAAUAUUAUUCGCGUUGAUGUCAUGCCUGACUGUUAUGGUGGUAUAGUUGUGAAGACUACCAAGUUCCCUAAUGGUACUACUGUCUAUACUGCUAUCAUGUAUGUCGCUUCCGAGAUACCUGCUGCUAGAAAUACUGCCGGAUUCCCAGAACAUGGCAUUAAGAUUAAUUACUUUGGGUGUGACAAUGAAAACUGGGAAUCACGGACAGAAGAGAUGAUUUCCAUAUAUGACAAUAUGUGGUUUUGCACAGAAUCAGAUGUAGAAAGAGAAAAUUUGGAGAAGCAGAACGGCAUGCAGUUUUCAGAGUCGCAUCGCUUACAUGAUUGUUGA